UUCAAAAUGGAGUAACCAGCAAAAUCAUCAAGGUUGAUUGCCAAUUAGCUAGGGGCAUUAUAUUCCUAUCUCUAAAGUUAAACUCAUCGUAUUACUAGCAAAUGUAAUAUUUUCAUCAGUAUGGUUGAUAAGAAGAAACCAGACUCUUUCCAUUACUUCAUGAGUUACGAUGAUCUGAGUGACAGUAGCGAUAGUAACAGCAGCGAUUCUGAUGAACAGGGCCAGAAGAAAUCGAAAGGAAAGGGUGGGGGCGAUGCUACUGGAAGCGGCAGCAAAUCUCCCCAACACGGGACCAAGCGGGCGGUUAGUGGAGCUCCUCUACCCAAACCUGAUGAGCUCUUCAAGUCGGUUUCCAAGCCAUCCUUCCUGUACAACCCAUUGAAUAAACAGAUAGAUUGGGAGAGUCGCGCCGUGAAAGCUCCUGAAGAGCCUGCCAAGGAGUUCAAGGUGUGGAAGACGAAUGCGGUGCCCCCUCCUCAGACUUACGCCACAGAAACAGAGAAGCCCAAGAAGGGAGCUCCCCCGGGUAUGGACAUGGCCAUAAAGUGGUCCAACAUCUACGAGGAUAACGGAGAAGACGCUCCACAGCCUCACACGGGCAACGCUGUCUUCCUGCCCACAGAGGAACAGCCAUCAGAUUCAGACGAAGAUGGAGACAAGGCAUCAGUGUCAGCAAAAAAGAGGAGGGUGGAGAGCUUCCAACAGAAGGAGAAGAGGAAGAGGGAUCUGGGCCAGGCCACCUCUGACAAGAGUUUCGUAGAGGAAGAGAAGAGGAUUCUCAGGCAGAACGUGGACUGAGGCCUAGAUCUGGUGUGAAGCCUGGGCUUUGAUUUGGGUUUUGGUCCAAGUCUGGGUGCACUAACCCUCAGUGACUGUCCUACAGCUCUGCCCCAGACACCCCCACACUCCUCUCUCUUAUCCUGUGUCCAGCCCCUGGUUUUGUGAAUGGUCCAGUACUCGUCUACCCAGUACACAUGAUAUAGAUGUUAUUGUUAUGGAAACAUUUGGACUGUUAUUUUUAAACCCUUGGUAUAUCUCUGAUCCAGACACUAGUGGAAAACACAUUUAUUCCUGAGUUUGUGUGUCCGUAGGUAUUGUCCAAUGUUUUGUUGUAAAUAGACAACCACCUGACCUACAUAUAAUAGGCUUGAUUUGGAUGAAUAUCUUUUAACUGCUUUGGGGGAUAUCAAAUGUGUUCAUAUGUUUGGAUCAUGGGCAGAUUUAUUUUUUAUAUGGCUUUUAUUUUUGAAUAGUGAGAAAUGUAUGGUAAAGACAUUGCAUUAUUAGUGUCUCUAAAUGUCUCUGUUGGCGAGAACGCAGGGAGCGAGAUCAAGAAAGACUGCAUUUGAUAGACUAAUUGAAACCAUGUGGGUAACUUUUCAUAUACAUAAAAUAUCCACCUGAUGGCGCCAUUGGGCCACAUUUGGGACAACUUUUUCACUGGAGGGAAAGGCUCAUUUGCAGUAGUAGUAACUUAUGUUGCCAUGUCUUUUACUGUGUCUAUACAAUAUGUAUACAGUUAACCACACACUGACAGUUUUAAUGUCAGUUUUGUAGUAAAUUCCCUUGUCAUACACAACUGAUGCAAUAAACGGAAUGUUAAUGA